AUGGGUGUUGGGGCAAAGAAACCGGUCAACAUCUUCAGGUUGAAAGACUUGGGAGAGCCACAGGGAGCGCUGAACUGGCGCCUUUGGUUUGCAGUCUUUUCCUUUGGACUGCUUGGUGCUGCGCGAGGCAUCGACGAGGGUCUGAUCUCGGGCGCCUUCAACUCAGACAACUUCAAGGAAUCCAUCAAUUAUGCCUCGUACGACGAGGUGGACCAGGCCAACAUUAAGGCUAAUGUCUCUGCCAUGGUGCAGAUUGGCUCCGUCGCUGGGGCUUUGAUCGCCUUCCUAAUCUGUGAUCGCAUCGGACGCAUCAAUGCCACGCGAGUGCUGUGCGUCACCUGGGCCGUUGGUAUCAUGAUUUUCAUGAUUGGAGGUUCUCGUGGUAAUUUGGGCGCCGUCUACGCUGGCAGAUUCAUUGCCGGUCUGGGUGUGGGACAGACACCUGUUGUUGGUCCCAUCUACGUUGCCGAGAUUGCGCCUGCGUCAAUUCGUGGUCUGUGUACGUGCUUCUUCACUGGUGCCGUCUAUCUCGGCAUCGUGCUGGCCUACUUCGCCAACUAUGGAUGCCAGCUGCAUUUUAGCGAUAGCAGCGCAGACCAGUGGCUUAUCCCCACAAGUCUGCACAUCAUGAUGAGUGGCCUCAUCUUCAUCUUGAUGUUCUUCCAGUGGGAGUCGCCACGCUUUCUUGUCAAGCAAGGCAAGGUUGACCAGGCAGUUCACAACAUGGCCCGCCUGCGCCAACAGUCUCCGGACAGCGAGUACAUCAUCCGCGAAAUCGGCAUGAUUCAGGCUGGCCUUGAUCAUGAACUGGAGGCCAGCCGAGGUGUUGGUUGGCUUGGCAAGCUCAAGGAACUUGUGCUUGACAAGAGCAACCUCUACCGAGUCUAUCUCUCGUCCAUGGUCCAGCUGCUUUCUCAGUGGUCCGGUGCUGGCUCCAUCACCUUGUAUGCGCCGGAUCUUUUCAAGAUCCUGGGUAUUACUGGAACUAACGAGUCUCUCCUCGUAACUGCCGUCUUUGGCCUUAUCAAGUUUGCGUCGGCAAUGAUUUGCGCCCUCUUCCUUGUCGAUGUCAUCGGUCGCAAGCGCGCACUCUUGAUUGGUAUUACUCUGCAGGCCAUGGCCAUGAUCUACGUCGCUGGAUUCCUCACUGCUGUGCCCGAGCUUGGCACCGUCAAGAGCUUUGUCCUGCCCGAGAGUCUGAAGGGUCCCAGCCGAGGCGCCAUUGCCAUGAUCUAUGUCUCUGGCGCUGGAUGGGCUCUUGGCUGGAAUUCAAUGCAGUACCUGCUCACUGCCGAACUGUACCCUCUGCGCGUUCGUGCCCUGGCUACAUCGUGGGCCAUGACCCUUCACUUUGCUAACCAAUACGGCAACUCGCGAGCGGUGCCCGUCAUGCUGCUUCCUGACGCGCAGGGUGGAAUUUCGCCCAAGGGCACUUUCUGGUGCUUUGCCGCCGUCACUAUUGUGGGCGGCAUCUGGGUAUGGUUCUUUGUGCCCGAAACCGGUGGCCGCACCCUUGAGAGCAUGGAUCGCCUGUUCGAGCUACCAUGGUACAGGAUUGGCCUGCACGGCAACAAGGAUGCCGAAGAGAAGGACAUGGCUGUUGACGAGAAGCAGCGGGCCGCGGAAGAGGAGUUUGGCCACGUGCAGCAAAUUGAGAAGGCGUAG